UUUUCUGGUUGAACAAAACCAGCCCAGACAUGUUUGCGUAACACUUUGUUUCCUCCUAUUCAGAUCUACAAGCAGAAUGAUGGGUGUAACCGCUGAGAUUAACUGCAGCAACAGGUUUUUAGAUCAGAGUCCAAACCAAUUCUUGCUCAUAAGGAAGUCAAAACUUAGCCUUUGCUACUGAGACGGGACAAUGGCACAGAAAGGACUUCAGCUAGACGAGGACAAAUAUUCUUGUUCCAUCUGUUUGGAUCUGCUGAAGGAUCCGGUGACCAUACCCUGCGGACACAGCUACUGUAUGGGUUGCAUUAAAACCCACUGGGAAGAAGAGGAUCACAGGAAAAUCUACAGCUGCCCUCAGUGCAGGGAGGCUUUCAAAAGGAAGCCUGUUUUGAAAAAAAGCACAAUCUUAGCAGAUUUAGUGGAGGAUCUCAAGAAAACCAGAGUCCAAGCUGAUCCGGAUGACCUCUUCUAUGCCAGACCAGGAGAUGUGGCUUGUGAUGUUUGCACUCAAAGGAAGUUGAAGGCUGUUAAGUUUUGUUUAACCUGCCCCGCAUUUUACUGCGAGUAUCACCUCCAACCUCACUAUGACGCUCCACCUUUACAAAAGCACAAGUUGGUGGACCCCUCCAAGAAGCUCCAGGAGAACAUCUGUCCUCAUCGUGGUGAGGCGAUGGAGAUGUCCGGUCACCCUGAUCAGCAGGGUACCUGCUUUCUCUGCUUGACAGAUGAAAAUAAAGAUCAUAAGAAAGGAUCAGCUGCUGCAGAAAUUUCUGGGAAGCAGAAGAAGCUUCUGGUGAGACGACAACAAAUCCAGAAGGGAAUCUGGGAUCGGGAGAAAGAAGUGAAGCUACUUCGGCAGGAGGUGGAGGCCAUCAACGCUUCAGCUGAUAAAGCAGUGGAGGACAGUGAGAAGAUCUUCACUGAGCUGAUCCGUCUCGCCUGGAAAAGAAGUGCUGAUGUGCAGCAGCAGAUCAGAUCUCAACAGGAAAGCGAAGUAAGUCGAGUCAGAGAGCUUUGGGAGAAGCUGGAGAGUGAGAUCACCGAGCUGAAGAAGAAAGAUGCUGAGCUGGAGAAGCUCUCAACCUCAGAUAACAACCGGUUCCUACUCAACUACCCCUCACUGACAAAACCCAGUGAUGCGACACACUCAUCCAGCAUCAAAAUUCGUCCUCUGAGGUACUUUGAGGAUGUGACAACUACUGUGUCAGAGCUCAGAGAUAAACUACAAGACAUCCUGAGAGACACAUGGACAGACAUCUCGGAUGCAGUCGCUGAAGUGGACGUUUUACUGUCAGAACCAGAACCAAAGACUAGAGCUGGAUUCUUAAAAUAUUCGCAAGAAAUCACUCUGAAUCCAAACACGGCAAACAACCAUUUGUUAUUAUCUGAUGGGAACAGAAAAGCAACGGUACUGAAACAGAAACAGCUUUACUCUGAUCACCCAGACCGAUUCACCGGCUGGCUCCAGAUCUUGAGCAGAGAGAGUUUGACUGGACGCUGCUACUGGGAGGUGGAGUGGAAAGGGAGGCGAGUUGACAUUGCGGCUUCAUACAAGUCAAUCAGCAGAGCAGGGAACGUAGAUGAUUGUGAGUUUCGAUCUAACUACAAAUCUUGGUCUUUGUAUUGUGACAGAAACGGUUACACCUUUUGGCACAACAGAAUAAAAUCUCCAGUUUCGGGUCCUGUUUCCUCCAGAGUAGGAGUGUACCUGGACCACAGAGCAGGUAAUCUGUCGUUCUACAGCGUCUCUGGAACCAUGACUCUCCUCCACAGAGUCCAGGCCACAUUCGCUGAGCCGCUCCUCGCUGGAGUUGGGUUUUAUAAGGAUGGGAUUUCUGCUGAGUUGCUGAAACUGAAAUAGUCCAAAGGGAUUUGAGCUCAUUAUUGUGCCAUUUCUUGUGUCACUCUUCUGAGAUUAACUCUUUAGGGUGCAAUGUGAUUAUCAUUUUUGUGGUUUUAUGUUUUAACCUAUAAUCAUCAGAGUUUGUUUAGGUGUCAUUCCAUGAGGUUUCUGCUCACGUAGACCGUCACUGCUAAGAAGGAUGUUUAUCCACCUAUUCCCUAACCACACAUUCUUACAUGAUUCAGUUCUAGCCAGUGAAAUUGUAAAGUGAUGACAUUUAAAGCAGAGGAGUCCUGGUGGGAUUCUAAGCUGGAGUAUGACGCCUGACUGAAUCAUCUUUUGCGCAGCAACCUUAAAUCAAUGUCAUGCCCCACAUGUUCUGGCCUCAUGUGUCACCUAAACAUAUUCUAACUCAUGUUAAUAUUCUUUAAUGAGCAAGAAAAAAAAGUUGAACAUUCCCAUAUUACAUGUUUCAGAAAAGCAUUAAAACUGCUUUCUCCUGACACCAGAAUUGUGGGGGGGAAAGCAAUCGCUGCUCCUUUUCUAGUCACACAUAAGCAUCUGCCAAGCACAUUGUUUCUUCUUAAACCAAUCUUGCCUGAAGCAAUCUGUUUUACUUACACUGGCUCAGGAACAAACACCUCUGAGAAGACAUUUAUCCAACAGCAUUUGCUAUCUUUACAGGCCAUCAGGCUGGCAGAUCAACAUAAUGCCCCUUUCUUUGGUGGGUGUGAUUCCCUCUAACAGAACUUAUGUAAAGGUAGAUCAUCUCUGGUAUAGUGAAAUUUGCAGUAUCCAAGGAUAAACUAGUAUCCAAGUUUAUUUAACUUGGAUACUAGAAACUGGUGGAAGAGUCCAACAGGAGGCGAUGAUAACACUAAAGGAACAGCAAGGAUUUCUAAACAGGCCUUGUGUUGAUAAAUAAACUCCUAUGCUCGCUGCAUGCCAAGGCAAAAAAAAAAUAUAUAUAUAAUGAAAUCAUCCUGACAAAAAACUUCUAAAACCUUAGUAUUGGCAUCCAGUAUAGUGAGAAAAAGUUACAACUUAGGCCACAGUGAAAUAUGGUGGUGGCAGUAUCACUCUCUGGGGUUCCUUUUCUUCAACUGGAACUAUAUUUUUGUCAAGGUGAAUGAAGUUAACAUGUGACAUGUCAACAGACCCCCAGACAAGAAGACUAAAACAUGAAAAGGAAUCAAAAGAGUCUUGUCUGUUUAUUAAAGGCUGUCUGUGCACAUCCAACGAGGAUGUUAAACCUUUGGUUUUCUGUCUGUUUUUACAUUUUUUUUUUGUAAAUGGGAAUAAAUGUGAUUUUCCAUUCAUUCAAUUGUACUGGAUAAACAUAUUAAA